AUGGGUCGUCAUUCUAUUGAAGAAGCAAUAUUUAUUCAACCUGUAGACGUUUCUACUCUUAAUACUCCUUUAACAUCAGAUAAAACAACCACAUUAACAAAGUCGGAGUCGUCAACGUUACCUAUAUCUAACAACGUUGUCACUUCAAUGAAGCAUUCUUCCGCUGUUUCAAAAAAAUCUUAUACAAAUGGUUUAACUACCAAUCGGAACAUUCGGUUUUCUCUAAAAACUCCCGAAGUCCCUAUAACACCUCCAACAACUCCUCCUUCUUCGUGUUUUACAAAUAAUAAAUCCCCAUUAAGUGUAGAAUGUCUGGUACGGGCUCGCAUCCCAACUAAUACGGGUGAACUUUUCCUUCAUGUUUAUAGGAAUAAUAAAGAUGGUAAAGAACAUUUAGCUGCUGUAUAUGGUGAUGAUAUUCGUAGUAAGAGUUUAGAUGCUUCUCGUCCAAGUGAAAGUGAAAUGGAUAGAAUAGUGAGGGGUGCAUAUACGGGAAAGUUAAGACCUGGUCAAACUCGUUCCAAUGAAUCUGACAUUCCUAUUGUAUAUUCAAAGCUACAUCCACCACCUUUAGUUAGAAUUCAUUCUGAAUGCUUUACUGGUGAAACCUUAAAGAGUGCUAGGUGUGAUUGUGGUGAACAAUUAGAAGAGGCUAGACGGUUGAUCCAAUCUGAAGGACGUGGUGUUGUAAUAUAUUUAAGACAAGAAGGUAGAGGGAUCGGUUUAGCUGACAAACUCAGAGCAUAUAACCUUCAGGACUUGGGUCAUGAUACUGUAGCCGCCAAUAUUUUCCUAAAUCAUCCUCCUGAUCUUCGUACUUAUGAUAUCGCAUCACUGAUUCUUGCUGACCUAGAUUUAACUUCAAUCCGUUUGCUAACAAAUAAUCCUGAUAAAAUUGAGCAAAUUGAAAAUGAUGGUGUUAAGGUUAUCGAACGUAUCCCUAUGAUACCUCGUGUUUGGAAAGGUAACCUUGAUUCUAAUCGUAUAGGUCAUGAAAUGGAUCAAUAUCUUAAAGUUAAA